AUGGCAACCGCAGCAACAGCGACCGCAUCACCCGUGCAUUCUCGGCAAGUGGGCGGGAGCGCACACCGGAAGGAGGGGAAGAGCGUGUUUAGGAGCAUCUCGAGGUUCUUGGGAGGUGGAAAGGGGAGACCGAAGGGUGUGCAGGGGGGACAGGUGGGUGCUGGCGGCGCUAUGACGAGCCCUGGGAACAGGGAGACGAGCACAGCUGGACUGGGAGCUGCGGAUGGAGAGGAGGACGGCAGCGAGCGGGAUGGUUCGAGGAGGUCGAGCGUCGACGAGCACGACGUGACGCCUCAGGAGGACGUUGCGCACCGACGCAGACGGGACAACUCGCUUUCGAACAUGUCGGCCGUCUCGGGAGCGGACACGGACGCCUCGCUCUACGCCAUGGUCCCCUCAACUCGACCUGCGAGCAGCAUCAUCUCCCGUCACACGGUCGACUCGUCCUCGCACAACUCGUCGUUUGCGCCGAGCACACACAAGAGCUAUGCGUCGACCAAGCCGACGACGUUGCUUAGUGUCGACUCGGGAGGCGGGGCGAACAGGAUCGCAGUUGUGCCCGGCACGGGCAGCCACUUCUUCGCUGGCCCGUCGACGGGCUUGUCGUUCUCCUCGGCCUACCCGGUAUCACCGUCUACGCCUCCCACCGCCUCGCCCUUGUCCAACUAUGCGCCGCCUUUUGCACCCUUCGCCUCGCACCACUCGCCCUCGUCUUCCUCGGCUCAGGCUCACCCCCACCGCCUCUCAAGCUCAUCAAGCACAUCCUCGAUCUCACUCACUCCCUCGACUACAGCCGGCCUUUCUACCUCCCUCGCCCCCGACUCGCCCUCCUCCGCAGCGCACGCCUCAUCCGGUCUGAUCGGUAUCCCCUCUCACACGCGCGCCCAUCCCCGAAACAACCCUCACCCGGCCCAACCACCGCCCGACAACGCCUCAGUCCUCACACUCGCCUCGUCCUCCUUCGCACCGAGUUUCAUCGGCUCAACGGGCGGAGAGAGCAAGACUACUGCGGGUCGCGAGGGGGCGGGGCGGAAUAGCUGGACUGGUGGAGGACUGGGGGGUCUGCGCGCGUGGAGUACGAAGCAGGCUCGGUCGCUUGGAGGCGGGGGAGGCGCUCGGUCGUUGGCUGGAGUUGGGGGAGCAGACGGCGUUGCGGAUGAGGAUGCGUCUGUCAGGGCUCUGCCCGGGUCGAGGAGGAACAGUGAAGAGAGCCUCGGAGGGAGGUCGACGUGGUCUGCUGCGAUUGGAGCUGGGCGAGGCGGGACGAGCGUGCGCAGCAGGCCGCUUGAAGACGAGGCGAGUGUCGCUGGCGUGCCGGGGGAGUCGACGUCCAGGGAUCGGCGGACGUCGAUGCGGACUGUUGAGACGAGCGCAGGUGCCGAGGCAUCAAAAGAAGCGAAGGAGGGCGAGACGGAGGCGGACGGCGUCAAGCAUAUCGCCGAGGUCUCGUCGCGUGAAGCAGCCCACUCUGAGUCGACUCCGCCUUUUACGAAGGGCAAGGGCGUCGAUGCGGCGGAGCAUACAGGCGUCGAGCGGGAGGUGCAGCUCCCGCCGCCUGUGCCGCAGGUUUCGCAGGUUGAGCCGGAGGACGACGAAGCGGGAACUCCGACUGAGGAGAAGAGCAGGGUGUGA